AUGGGCGCCGCCGCAUUUCCGCUGCUGCGGCCUUCCUCCCUGGCCCCCAGACCUCUCCCCGCCCGUUCAAGGAGGUCCGUGCCCCUCCGCCGCCGCACCCUCGCGGCGAACCCAGCCUCCCGGAGAUGGGUAGGGUUUCUGGUCCUCGCCGAGAGCAACGGGAACGGCCUCACCAAGGAGGAUGCGCCGCCGCUAGCGGGGGGAGAACCGGCGAGAGGCGACGGGGAGAGUCGUGGCACGCCUCCUUACAGCGCUGAAGGCGACGGUGGAGAUGGGGGACGGAAGAUGGGGAGUGAAAAUCCGCCCCCGCCCCCACCCCCGCCGCCACCGCCGGGUCGGGCAGCUUCGACAGGGGGGAUCCGGUGGCGGGAGCUGUUGCUGGCCCCGGAUCCGGAUAACGUGCUGGCGGUGGGGCUGACGGGAAUCCUGGCGUGGGCGAGCUUGCAAGUGCUGUGGCAGCUCGUCUUCAUCUCUCUAGCCAUUCUCGUGGCCGCACUCAAGUACUCCUUCAUUGCCGCGCUUCUCCUCUUCAUCCUUAUCACACUCCUCUGA